GUCAAUUAUACCAAAUAUCGAGACCUUUUAUUGUGGAUCAAGAAUAUGUACAAACACUAAAAUCGUGGAUGUUACAAAUUAAUAUGGACAAAUAUAAUCAACAAAAUAGAUGCCACAUUUUGUAAAAUCUAUAUCCAACGUCUAAGCAUACCUGCGCCAUGAAAUCGCCUGCAAGUUCCAUAAUUUUCAAGGUUAACAGGCGUGAACCUGAGCUCAUUGCUCCGUCAAAGCCCACGCCUCAUGAAUUUAAGCCAUUGUCGGACAUUGACGACCAAGAAAGUCUCCGUUGCCAUAUUCCUGCGAUACAAAUUUAUCGUCAUGACUCCUCCAUACAAGGAAAGGACCCCGUCAAGGUGAUCCGCGAGGCGCUUGCUAAAGCAUUAGUGUUUUAUUAUCCAUUUGCCGGAAGACUUAGAGAAGGACCUAAACGUAAGCUUACUGUGGAAUGCACCGGUGAAGGUGUGUGGUUUAUUGAGGCUGAUGCCGAUUUUGAGCUUGAACACUCCGGCAACGUACUUCAACCUCCUUUUCACUUCCUAGACGAAUUCCUUUCCGAUGUACCUGACUCUAAUGGAAUCAUAAACUGCCCUUUACUGCUUGUUCAGGUGACACGCCUCAAGUGCGGUGGUUUUGUUUUUGCCCUCCGACGGAAUCAUACCAUGGCUGAUAACCCUGGCAUAGUUCAAUUUAUGACAGCAGUCAGAGAAUUAGCCCGUGGGGAACAUUCCCCUUCUAUCCUCCCCGUAUGGGAAAGACAAGUCCUUAGCGCGAGAAAUCCACCGAUGACAACAUGCAUACAUAGAGAGUAUGAUGAUUUUACCACAAAAACUCCAUUUCCACUUGACGACUUAGUUCAUCAAGCAUUCUUUUUCGGCCCCAAUGAAAUAGCCACUCUCCGAAGCUACGCUCCUCUUCAUAUCCCUCGUUGCACUACAAUGGAAAUUGUAACAGCAUGUCUUUGGAAGUGUCGAACUAUUGCGCUUCAACCCAACCCAUUGCUAGAAAUGCGAUUGCUAUUUCCUAACAAUAUACGCAACAAAUUUACUCCCGAGUUAAUACCAAAAGGGUACUACGGCAAUGGAUUUAUACUUUCAGUAGCAAUUUCCACUGCAAAAGAACUCGUAAAAAAUCCUCUGUUUUACGCACUGGAAUUAAUUAGAAAGGCGAAAACAGAGAUGACUAGAGAGUACGUGCAAUCGACAGCUGAUACGCUAGUGAUUAAGGGUCGACCUCUCUUUCCGGUGGAGGGUGCGUAUGUGAUAUCAGAUGUGAGAAAUUUAGGAUCUAGAGAGGUAGAUUUUGGAUGGGGCAAAGCUUUAUACGGCGGUCCUCCUAAAUCCUUUCCUAUCCUGAUAAGUCAUUUUGUAGCGUUUGAGAAUAGAAAAGGAGAAAAUGGAUUUGUAGUGCCAAUAUGCUUGCCUGCCCAAGUAAUGGAAAGAUUUGUAAAGGAGUUACAAAUUCUGUUGCCGACUGCUAAACCAUUUAAUGAUGGUGAAUUGGCAAUUGAUGGACACCAUUAGUAAAAUCUACUUUAUGAAUAUGUUGAAAUUAAGUUCAGAUUUAUGGGCUUUAUUAAUUUGAAUGCAAAGUUCUUUUGUAUUUUUGUUGUCUGCAUUCAUGUU